GGAAAAAUCUCAAAAAAUACAGCACCCCACUACCCUGUAACCUAAAGCAUCGAAGCUAAACGGUCAUUUUGCAGUUUUGCACGUCGCAGUUACGUCGGAGAGCAAGGCGAUGGACGGCGAGGGUUCCGACGAUGAUAUGCUCUUCACCGACGAAUUCCUGGACCAGAUCGACCAAGCGGUCAUAGCCGUUCAGCUCGCCUCUGGCCAGCUACGCCAUUCUCCUCAUCCUCCGCCCGCUCCUCAACCGCAGCCACCGGCGACAGCGGCAGCACCGCAGUUAGUCGACACCAGCCAUUCAGCUCCGCGGACUUCGGCGGCAGCAUCGCAGUUCGUCGUCACCAGCUAUUCAUCUCCGCGGCGGGCGGCAGCGCCGCAGUUUGACGCCAUCAGUUAUUCGCCUCCGCGGGAGUUCUCUCAGAGGGAAAAUCAAGAGGCAGCGUCAUCCACCUCCCAUGGUUCCAGUCAGUCUCCCCUAAAUGCUCAACAACAAGAAAUUGACAAAUUAAAGAGAGAGCUUGGUCGUUUUUCGGAGUUGCUUGCUCAGAAGGAACUGGAAUGCAUUCAAUUGAGAAAGGAAAGAGAGAAAAACGAGACAAGUGUUGUCCAGACUGAAAAAGUCAGUGUAUCUACCAACUUAACUGGUGAAAGUGAUUUUUCUGCUGCUUAUCAAUGUAAGAAAAAGCUAUUAGAUGCGUGGGAGUCAUCAUCUGGCCAGAAACUAGGAAGAAUUUUGGUUUCGGAGACUUGUGAAGCUGAUUUCCGCAUCCUCUUUGGGUUUCUGGAUUCCAGUUUCCCCUCCAAGAAAAGAACAGAAUUAUCCAUUUCUGACUCUAGAGUGGUUAUGGAGGAAGCUCCGCUGCAAGAUCAUCUCAAUGCAUCUGCAAAAGUAUCUCAUCUUUAUUCUGUGUUGUCCAAGAUCAGUAAUGAGAUGAUAAGCUUGGAUGAUCUACUUGAUGCUUUAGUUGAUCUUUGCCGGCUUAAAAAUGUUGUUAUAGUGUACAGGGCUCUCCAUAUCUUGCAUGAGGUUUUGAGCUACAAUUUAUGUACAGAAAGGAGGGAAGAUAGAAGGUCCAAUGUGAUUGUUGAGGAACCUUCCCUUGAAGGCAAUCUCAUGGAACUAGAUGAAAAUGGAUAUUCUAGAAGAGGAAGCCAUGCCAAAGAGACGUUAGAUCAUAGUCAUGCUCUUUAUGGAGCAAUAUUGAAUAAUAGUGAUACAUUUCCAAGAACGGGAUUCUUUAAUCCUGGAACUUCAGUUUUCACAUCAAGUUUCAACUAUCUCUCAUUGUUUGAAAUGAUGUGCCAAAUUAUCAUGAUGAAUGAUUUAGAACAUGUAAGAUGGGAAGCAGUUUCUAUUAUGAAUUUGAUUCUUGUAAGAAAUCGUACGUACUCGGAGAGGGAAAAGUUUGGAUCAGAGAUUGUGUUUCUAAGUGUUUCACAACUAUUGAGGAAGGAAGCUGGCUAUCGUGUACAGAAGCAAGCUGUGCGUCUCCUUUACCUGUUGCUUAAUUGUCCAAAAGUUAUGGCAUCAUUUUUCGGCAAUUUUGUGGAAGGGAAAAGUAUAGGCACUGGUGAUGCAAAUGCAAAAAACUCUUCAGCUUUUCAAGUAAUCUGUAGGAUUUUUGAGGGUUUGGCUGAUUGUCUAUCUUGCAGUGGGAAAAGUGCUGAGAUGAAACAUCAGCACAGAAUUUCAUGUUUCCAAAAAUUUCAGGAAUUACAGGUUCAAAGGCAUUUAAUAAUUUUGCUAGCUUUCCUUGCUUCUUCCGGGAAGACUGGCAUUGAAGUUCUCCUAAAUCAUAGGCUUCCAAAAAGAAUCAACUUCCUCACCAUAAUUUUGCAGAGCUUAAUAUCUGUUUUGGACGUAGAAGCAUUAGAUACAGCUCAACACCCUGAAGAGUCUAAAGAAAGAACUCUGAUGAUUAGAGAGGCACUUAUUCUGCUGAACAGACUCGUUUCACAUCCCCAAUACGCAGGGUCUGUUUUGCUUGCAUUAACAAACCGCAGAGAGAUAGCCAAGUUGACUGUUGACAUUGCAAGCAUAUUAUCUCACAAGGGCAAGUGCUUAUCACAUUGUGACAGCAUAACCCAGCAGAUAAGGGAAUCAGAAAUUGUCGAAUUAGCUCGUGUUUUUCAAAAAAGAGUUUAUACAUUCCUAGGGAGCAACUCGGGAAAGAAGCCCUCUUAGUACUAGAAGGAAUUGAGUAUUGACAUAUUCAUGUUUAGAAAAUUUUGCAUGGAACUAUUUGCCACGGAAGACAUCAUUGGAGUUCUUGACAUUCUGGCAUUACGCCGAUACCGGUGCCUAGGCUGAGAACUAUAUGAUCUGCUACUACCUCACCAAAUUCUGCCGCCUUAGGUAACAGAUUUCCCUGUCCUGGCAACUUGUACAUAGAGUCCAUUGAACAUUGCAACUCAGUUAUCCAAUUUAGAUGUUCAAUCUGUGGUUCAAAAUUGAUAGCAAUUAGCUCUUCCGUGGCAUUGGUUAAUUCAAUGAUGAUGAUAUUUGUGAAGAGUAAA